ACCUAUCUCUACUAAUGGUCUCUUCACUCUUAAUUUCCAGUAGUGAUCUUUAUUUUCUUCCUAAUUUUCUCUCUUUCACCCACAAAAGAAAAGAGUAUGGCUGGCUUUAAGAAAGUGUUGGCAACUAUUUUCCUUAUGCUGAUGCUGGUUUUUGCCACUGAGAUGGCAGAGGCAAGGACUUGUGAGUCUCAAAGCCACAGGUUCAAGGGAACAUGCGUAAGGAAGAGCAAUUGUGCUGCUGUUUGUCAAACUGAGGGCUUUUCCGGUGGCGAUUGCCGUGGUGCUCGUCGCCGUUGCUUCUGCACCAGACCCUGCUAAUCAAUCAAUAAUAUUUCUUGCACGAGUUAAUUAAUCGGUUUCUUAUUUGAGUGUUUUUAUUAAGAAUAAUCAAUGUUGUCUUUUUUUGUUUUUUUUUGUAUGAUCUUUCAGUUGACGUGAAAAUAAGUAAGAAUCAAAAUGUACUCAGAAACUGAUCUUUCUGUUUCUGAAAUUUGAUGGUUUUGAUUAUGAGUGUGUUGUUAUUAGAACAUUUUGUUGGAAAUGUUUAUCCGUUUAUUUACUCAA